UGUGUGUGGGUGUGUCUGACUCUGAGAGAGAGAGAGAGAGAGAGAGAGAGAGAGCUCAUCCACCGCCACUUGAGCAUAGGGGCUUAACAAAACCAAACCCAUCUCCGAUCUAUUUUCUCAAUCUAACCUUAACCCAACAGUGACCACAGAUCAUCAGUCGGGAGCGAAUUAGAGAAUCUUAACCUAACAUGCCUUCACAACUUCCAUCACCGCCGAACCCUCAACAAUAACAACAACAACACAGGACAGAACAGGAGCAAGAGAUCAUCUUCACAGCAUUAGAGAAGCUGAUCCAAGAGGAAAUUAAAGUCCAGAGGAAGAGAUCCAUCAGAUCACCAGUUGAGUAAUUUGUUCAGCUGGGAGUUGGGUGAAAGAAUUUCUUCUCUUCGAGAAAAUUACUUUGCUUCAUUCAACAAGGGAUGAAAGCAGGAAGAAACUAAAGCAAAUUAAGUCUUCCUGCUGCUGUUUUAUGUGUAUUUGAAGAAGGCGAAGAUUUUUGAGAAAAUAUUAAGCAACAAAGCAAGGUUAUAGAAGAAACAAAAAUGGAUCCAGUGACAGCAUCAGGCCACGGGCACUCUCUCCCUCCUCCUUUCCACACCAGAGACUUCAAUCUUCAACACCAAUUUCACCAUCAGCAGCAGCAGAACUCGGAAGAUGAGCAAAGCGGCUCCAGUGGCCUAAAACGAGACCGGGAGGAGAACAGCAACAGCAGCAAAAUCAAUGGCGGGGAAGGCAGGGAAGGAAACGGAGAAGGAGAGAUCACAAGAAGGCCCCGAGGGCGGCCGGCCGGAUCCAAGAACAAGCCCAAGCCGCCCAUCAUCAUCACCAGGGAUAGCGCCAACGCGCUCCGCACCCACGCCAUGGAAAUCGCCGACGGCUGCGACAUCGCCGAUGGCAUCGCCACCUUCGCGCGCCGCCGCCAGAGAGGGGUCUGCAUUUUGAGCGGCAGCGGAACUGUCACGAACGUUACUCUCAGACAACCGGCCUCGCCCGGUGCAGUGGUGACCUUACACGGGAGAUUCGAGAUCUUAUCCCUAGCCGGGUCCUUUCUGCCACCACCGGCUCCACCUGCCGCCUCAGGGCUGACCAUAUACCUUGCCGGUGGACAAGGCCAGGUGGUGGGGGGCACCGUGGUUGGGGCGCUGCUGGCAUCUGGACCAGUUGUGGUUAUGGCGGCCUCGUUUAGUAAUGCUGCUUAUGAGAGACUUCCACUUGAGGAGGAGGAAGAGGCUUCUCUUCCAAAUCCAAUGCAAGGAGGCGGCGGGGGUCUUGGUUCCCCGGCGGGCGUUGGGCAGCAUCAGCAAUUAUUGGCAGACCCGUCACUCUUCCACGGCAUGCCACCCAAUCUUCUCAACUCGAUCCAGAUGCCACCGGAGGCAUUCUGGGCCACUGGUCGUCCUCCAUACUGAAAAGAUAUAUGGAUAUCAUUCAAGGCCAUCAAUGGCCUCUUAAUUUACUUUCGCCUGAAACUCUAGUUAAUUAGCACAACUUAAUUUUAGGUAGAAGAGUUUGGAUUUUCGUUGA